AAACAGUUUGGUGGCAGAUCCGGUUGCAUGUGUGCAAAUAUGUCGCCGUCCUUAUUUAAUUUUGUAGAGGCUAAAGACAAAUUCACGGCUUCUGCCAGAUCUGCCCUGACUGGAAAGAGUGGCAAACAUUUGUUAAAUGUUUUUAACCAGAUCACCGGCAAUGAGUCAGAAAAGAAAACCACACUUGACCAGGCCCUGCGGGGUGUUCUCGGUGAUCAGAUUGAGCAGAAGACGUGCUGUGAUGAUUACCUGUCUCUCAUCUACCUGAGUAUUGAUGCUGUUAAAGAGGGCAUCUGCUCUGCUACAACACCUUUCAUUUUGCUGGGGGACGUACUGGACUGCCUUCCUCUCGACCAGUGUGACAAAAUAUUCUCUUUCGUAGAGGAUAAUGUCUCCACCUGGAAGUCGAAUUCCUUCUACACUGCUGGAAAGAACUACCUGUUGAGGAUGUGUAAUGAUCUUUUGAGAAGACUUUCCAAAUCCCAAAAUACAGUAUUUUGUGGGAGAAUCCAGCUUUUUUUGGCACGUCUCUUCCCUCUGUCCGAGAAAUCUGGUCUCAAUCUCCAGAGCCAGUUUAAUCUUGACAAUAUAACAGUGUUCAAUAAGAAUGAACAAGAGACUACUUUCAGCCAGAAGCCUGCAGAAGAAAAGGAGGAUGGUAUGGAGGUGGAGGAAGGAGAAAUGGGCGAGGAUGACGCUCCUGCACCAUGCUCCAUUCCGAUUGAUUACAACUUGUACAGGAAGUUCUGGACCCUGCAGGACUACUUCAGAAACCCUGUGCAGUGUUAUGAUAAAUUCUCCUGGAUGACGUUUCUUAAGUUCUCAGAUGAGACCUUGGCAGUGUUCAAGAGCUAUAAACUGGAUGACACGCAGGCCUCUAAGAGGAAACUAGAGGAGCUGAGAGCAUCUGGAGGAGAACAUGUCUACUUUGCCAAGUUCCUCACAAGCGAGAAGCUGAUGGAUUUGCAGCUCAGUGACAGUAAUUUCAGACGACACAUUCUUCUUCAGUACCUCAUUCUCUUCCAGUACUUGAGUGGUCAGGUCAAGUUCAAAAGCUCCAAUUGUGUCCUGAAUGAUGAUCAGACUACAUGGAUAGAAGAAACGACUAAACUGGUCUAUCAGCUGCUGAGGGAGAUCCCCCCUGAUGGAGACAAGUUUGCCACCAUGGUUGAGCACAUCCUCAACACGGAGGACAACUGGAACGCCUGGAAGAACGAGGGAUGCCCAAGUUUUGUGAAAGAGAGGGCGGUAGACGACAAACCAAAAAGACCCACCAGGAAAAGACAAGCGCCAGAGGAUUUCCUCGGAAAAGGGCCAGACCGCAAGAUCUUCAUGGGAAAUGAUGAGUUGACUCGACUCUGGAACCUGAACCACGACAACAUGGAAGCCUGCAAGUCAGACAGCAGAGAGUUCAUGCCAUCGCUGGAUGAAUUCUUUGCAGAAGCCAUUGAACAGGCUGACCCCGUAAACAUGGUGGAGGACGAGUACAAAGUCGUACGAAACCCAAACUACGGCUGGCGCGCUCUCAGGCUGCUUUCCAGAAGAAGUCCACACUUCUUUCAACCAACUAACCAGAAGUUUAAGAGCCUGGCAGACUACCUUGAUAGCAUGGUCAGCAAAUUGGCCAAAGAACUGCCGAAGGACAUCCCCUCUGAAGAGAUCAAGACGGGAGAAGAUGAUGACGAUGACAAUGGAGACAAUCUCCUCAAAGACAGCAAUGACAGUCCGAGCAUACAGAGCAAGAUGGUGACUAACCAGCAGAUGGACGAUGUGGCAGCUAAACUCGGAGCUCAGUGGAAGACGCUGGCCUCCCAUUGGGAGAUGAAGGCAGCAGAGCUGCGGGAGAUCGAAACGGACAGUGAGGAUGUUGACAUGCAGGCCAAACUGCUGCUCGUGGCCUGGCAGGACAGAGAGGGAACACAAGCUACUGUGGAGAGCCUGGUGACAGCUCUAAAUGCUGUUGGCUUCUCCCAGAUUGCAGACAGCCUCAGUGAGGCUUAAUGUAGACCAUGUACUUGCAUUACCUCCCUUAUAUUGUUGCAUCGUUUUUGUACCAAAAGCAAAUGGAGACUAAAGGUUUUUUUGUAUGUUGUUGAAGUUUAAAUCUGUUUUCACUGUAGGAAAGCUAAUAAAUGCUUUUUUUCUAA